CUCUCUCUCUCUCAAGAUAUAUGGCUUAUUUUAAGGUUAUAUUGAACCUGGCUUUGCUGUUUAUGAUUAUGUUGUCAAUAGAAGUGGUAACAACGGCAAGGGCACCACCGUGGAAAAUUGAGCCUCAUCACAAAACAUAUGAACGCCUAACGUAUAUUGUUAAUGAUCGUCCACGAUACCACAACUAUCAAGUUAUUCCUUCUCCGCCUCCUCCUCCUCCACUAAAAAGCUACACCUAUGUUUCUCCUCCUCCUCCUCCUCCUUCUUUUCCUUCUCGUCCUCCACUAAGCUACAACAAUACUCCUCCUCCUCCUACUCAUUCAUGAUCUAGAGAACCGCAAUUGCAGCAAUGGCAAAAAGCAUAUUGGCAACGAAUAAAAAAGAGAAGAAGAAAGAUCCAAGCAAAACUUCUGGAAUUGCAUAUAUUCAUAUGGAUUAUUAUGAGUUGUUUCUAAACAUUACCAUUAAUUUCAUUAGAUUGUAUUCUUAGGUGAUUAUAUUUAUCUUUUAGUGGGAGUAAUUUUUUGGUUUGAGUACGUACUACUUGUAAUUCCACCAUUAAUGGGCUAGUAUUUUGUUGUUAAAAAAAACCAACUAAUUGAAGUUUUGAUUGGCAA